AAAAUUGAUGAAUAAAAAAGUAGUGAUAAAAGAAAUGCUAAUAAGAACCAAUUUAAAUUAAAAAUGAGUGAUAAAUUAUUCUUUAAUUUUGAAAAAAUUUAACUCAUAUUUUGAAAUUAAUAAAUUAAGUUUUAAAAUAUUAUUUAAAAGCAAAUAAGGAAUAAGAACCUACCUAUUACCUAAUUAUAUUUUAUUUGGAUACUAUAUUUGGACUGGCCGGCUUCACACUGGAUACUGGUACCGCUUUUACAUUAGCCUACUCGGAUUGGCUGACCGAACCAACAAGACGUCGAAUAAAUUGCCAAUCACCAAAUACAAAUUCACAACAACAACAACAACAACAACAACACCAUCAACAACAACAACAUCAAAUAUCUACGGUUAUUGCAUCAGCAUCAACAAGUGCUGACAAUGUGAUUACUACAGAAGUUAUAAAUCAUGUUACUGCUGGUGGCCAAAUAACUGGUCUUCACCAACAACAAUUACAUCAACAACAACAGCAACAACAGCAACAAUCAUCACCACAAUAUUUACCGACAACAAUAACAACACGUUAUUUUGAACAUCCUUUACCAUCACCAUCAAGUGGUGCAAUAACAUCAAAUACAACAACAACAACAGCAUCAAUGUUAAAUAUACAACAACAUUUACAAACAAAUCAUAGUCAACAGCAUCAACAACAUCAUCAAGAUGAUGAUCCAUCUGGUACUGUUAACUUAAAUAAUAAUAAUGAUCCGUUAGAUUCAUGUAAUGCUGUUAGUUUAGCAGCAUUAAAUGGUAUUCCACAUCAAAUUCAUCAAGUACAAAAUUCCAAUGGGAGCACAUCAUUCGUUUAUGAAUAUUAUAAAAUUUCAGAUCGAGAUACUGGAUUACAUUGGAGUACCCCUACUACAGGAAAAUUAAAUGGACAAACCACACCUCUUGAUGUAUCUGGCCUAUCGCAAAAUGAAAUACAAGGUUUAUUAUUAGGUUCACACCCAUCUACAUCACCAUCAACAUCAUCACAACAACAAUCGGCUGCAAGUGUAGCUGCAGCAACACAAGCAGCAAUAUCAACAGCCACUACAUCAAUUGCAGCUGUGUCGCCAGCAAUAGUUGCAGCUGCUGUUGCUAAUGGUACUGUUGUUGUUACAGAUCAUUCACAACAACAACAUCAUUCACAGCAUAAUAAUCAACAGCAACAACAUAAUGUGCAAUCAAUUAAUAUUAAACGUGAACCAGAGGAUUUACGUAAAGAUCCCGGAGGAAGAAGUCAAAAGGUGUUAGUUGUACAAUCACCAUCACCAUCAAUACAAAUUAAAGAACCUCCACCAAGUCCCGGUAGUCCACAAAACGAUACAAUGUAUGCUGCCACAGGCGGCACUCAAAUUUACCUUCAAGGUCCACAUCAAACUGGUUCAGGUAAUUCUGGAACAUCUGGUACAAAUUUUCCAAAACAAUCACCAAGUCCUGGUCCCUAUGUUACAACUGAUCAAUAUGGAAUGUAUACAACAAGACUGGCAACAGGACCAAAUUCAACAUUUAUAUCAGAACCAUAUUAUCGUGAAUAUUUUACACCAGAUGGACCAGCUAGUUAUGCACCAACAGCACGUACUAUUUAUGGUGAUAGUAAUGAUGGACCACAACCAGGUACAACAUAUGAAGGACGUUUUACAACGACACAUACAACAAAAAAUGGUACACCAGUGUAUGCAAAAACUGUAACAGCAACUGGUUUAACUGUUGAUUUACCAAGUCCGGAUAGCGGAAUUGGUGCUGAUGCUAUAACACCUAGAGAUCAAAAUAAUAUACAACAGUCAUUUGAUUAUACAGAAUUAUGUCAACCAGGUACAUUAUUAGAUGGUAGUGGUGCAAUACCAGUAUCAGUGAAUAGCAUUCAAAGAACUGUUAAUGUUAAUCAAGGACAAAAUAGCCCAACUACAUCAAUUGGAACAAAUAGUACAGCAACAACGAGAUCGCGGCCAUGGCAUGAUUUUGGUAGACAAAAUGAUGCCGAUAAAAUUCAAAUACCAAAAAUAUUUUCAAAUGUAGGAUUUAGAUAUCAUCUAGAAAGUCCUAUUAGUUCAUCACAACGUCGUGAAGAUGAUCGAAUAACAUAUAUAAAUAAAGGACAAUUUUAUGGUAUUACAUUAGAAUACAUUCCAGAUCCGGAUAAACCGCUUAAAAAUACAACAGUUAAGAGUGUCAUUAUGUUAAUGUUUAGAGAAGAAAAAUCACCAGAAGAUGAAAUUAAAGCUUGGCAAUUUUGGCAUAGUCGGCAGCAUUCUGUUAAACAAAGAAUAUUAGAUGCGGAUACAAAAAAUUCCGUUGGUUUAGUUGGUUGUAUAGAAGAAGUAGCACAUAAUGCUAUUGCAAUUUAUUGGAAUCCAUUGGAAAGUUCAGCUAAGAUUAAUAUUGCCGUUCAAUGCUUAAGUACAGAUUUUAGUAGUCAAAAAGGAGUUAAGGGUCUUCCACUUCAUAUACAAAUUGAUACAUUUGAGGAUCCAAGAGAUGCACAAGUCUUCCAUAGAGGUUAUUGCCAAAUUAAAGUUUUUUGCGAUAAGGGUGCUGAAAGAAAAACACGAGAUGAAGAACGUCGUGCUGCUAAACGUAAAAUGACUGCAACAGGAAGAAAAAAAAUGGAUGAAUUAUAUCAUACGGUUACUGAUCGUUCAGAAUUUUAUGCAAUGCAAGAUCUUAAUAAAGCACCUGUACUAUUUUCACCUGCCGAUGAUAUGGAUAAGAAUUUUUAUGGACAUGAGACUGAUUCACUGUCUGGUGAAGGCUUAAAAGGAACAUCACCAUUUUUAUUACAUGGACAGAAAGCAGCGACACCAACACUAAAAUUUCAUAAUCAUUUUCCGCCAGACGUCCAGAUUGAUAAAAAGGAUCAUAUAUUGGAGCAAGCACUUGUACCCGGAGGUAUGGGUGAAUUUGGACCACCAUUAAAACGUGGUCGAAUGACACCACCGUUAAGUGAACGGGUUAUGUUGUAUGUGAGACAGGAGAAUGAAGAAGUUUAUACGCCAUUACAUGUUGUGCCACCAACCACUAUUGGACUUUUAAAUGCAAUUGAAAAUAAAUACAAAAUCUCAACUACAAGUAUAAAUAACAUUUAUCGAACAAAUAGAAAAGGGAUUACAGCGAAAAUUGAUGAUGAUAUGCUAUCGUACUAUUGUAAUGAAGAUAUAUUUUUAUUAGAAGUUCAACAAAUUGAAGAAGAUCUUUAUGAUAUUACGUUAACAGAGCUUCCAAAUCAUUAAUGUUAAUAUUUUUAAAAUUUUUUUCUACUAUAAAUACAUAAAUAUACAAACCUUAAAAUACUUCUAAUACUUAUAUACAUAAUAAAUAAGAAAAUAAUAAAAAAAUAUAAAAUUUGCCAUGACUUUAAUAAAAAUAAGGAAAAAAGAAAUACAACAAAUUGCACAAAUUAAAUUUACAAGAGAGAAAAAAAAUUUUUUUACAAAAAAAAAAAUAUAUUAAUUGUUAAUUUUAAAUAUUUACUCACAAAUUAUAUAUAUUU